GAACCUUAUCAGGCAACGAACGAGACACGUCGCACUGCUGCCGCGAGACAUGGGCGUCCCGCGUCUGCUGAGGUUGAGGACGAUGGCAUCGCACUCGUGCCCCCGCCCCGCCGCCGUGGCGCCGCGCGCCUCGCGCCCGCUCUCCUCCCUCCUCCUCGCCCCCUCGCCGGCCGCCGCGCGCCCUCGGCCCGCGCCCCUCUCGUGCGCGGCGCGGCCGUGCAGGGGCCUCGCGGCGGCGUCCCCGUCGCGCGGCGCGGCGGUACGGAGAUUCCCGGGCGUGGCGGCGAUGUCGUCGUCGACCCCGCCGCCAGGGCCCGUGCAGAAGUCGGAGGAGGAGUGGCAGGCCAUCCUCACGCCGGAGCAGUUUAACAUCCUCCGCCUCAAGGGCACCGAGUACCCUGGAACUGGUGAAUAUGACAAGUUUUUUGAUGAGGGCAUUUAUAAAUGUGCUGGAUGUGGAACUCCCUUAUACAAAUCAUCUACAAAGUUCAACUCAGGGUGUGGCUGGCCGGCAUUCUAUGAGGGACUUCCUGGGGCCAUAAGACAGACGCCGGACCCUGAUGGGAGGCGGACAGAGAUCACAUGUGCUGCCUGUGGAGGACAUUUGGGGCAUAUAUUCAAAGGGGAAGGGUUUAAAACGCCUACCAACGAGCGACACUGUGUUAACAGCAUUUCUCUCAAGUUCAUUCCAGCCUCAGAGGAAGCCUGACGGCAGAUGAACACCAACGUGAAACCCAACGACAAAAUGAGAGCUUGGCCUUUGUUGGUUGCUUUCACAGUGUAGCCAGAUGGAAGUUGUUAUUCUUCUGAUGAUGUCUGAAUAUGCCUGUAACUGUAAUGCUUUGUCAGUAACUAAAUUUCAGUUGCAAAAUGGUGAUCCUGUUGACAAAUCAAUAA